ACAUGUGCUCUCCUCCCCCCGCCUCCUCCCCUCCUCAAGUGAGCCUCUCAGCUGCCGAGGCGAGUGAUGAUGAUGGCGGAGCUGGUUCAGGGACAGGCCUCGGUGGCUCAGCCCGGAACGAAAGAUGACUUCGCAGACACGAUACGCCGAGUGCGACAGAUGGCCGCCAAGAUGGGAGGAGAGCAGAUGCCAAACCUUCACAGCCCCUCACCAGUCAUCGACCCCUCCCUCUAUGGCUUCGGAGGCCAGAAACGCACGAUGGACAAUGGAGUUGGCAACCAUCUUGGUGCAAUGGUACAUCAAAGGGCUCUCACGACAGAAGACUUCAAAGUGCCUGAUAAAAUGGUGGGAUUCAUCAUUGGAAAAGGAGGAGAGCAGAUUUCAAGAAUCCAGCUGGAAUCCGGCUGUAAAAUCCAGAUAGCGUCAGACAGUGGAGGUAUGUUGGACAGGCCCUGCACGCUGACCGGCAGUCCCGAGAACAUUGAGCAGGCCAAGAGGCUGCUAAGUGAAAUUGUGGAGCAGUGUCGCUACGGUCCGGGCUUCCACUGCGAGAUGGACGGCAACGGGGCCAUCCAGCAGAUGUUAAUCCCCGCCAACAAAGUGGGCCUGGUGAUCGGCAAGGGGGGAGAGACCAUCAAACAGCUGCAGGAGAGAACGGGAGUACAAAUGAUUAUGAUCCAGGAUGACCCCAUGCCCACUGGUGCAGACAAGCCCCUGAGAAUAACUGGAGACCCCCACAAAGUACAGCAAGCACGUGAACUUGUGGUCAAGCUAAUCAGGGAUAAGGACCAAGGAGAUUUUCGGGUUGGCAGGGCCGACUUUGGAUCCAAAAUGGGUGGAAGCAGUCUGGAUGUGGUGGUGCCCAGAUUUGCAGUCGGCAUCAUCAUUGGCAGGAACGGCGAGAUGAUCAAGAAGAUUCAGACCGACGCCGGGGUCAGGAUCCAGUUCAAACAAGAUGAUGGAGUCAGCCCAGACCGUGUUGCCCAGGUGAUGGGCCAGCCUGACCACUGCCACCACGCCGUGCAUCUCAUCAAUGAGCUGGUUCAAACUGCCCAGGAGCGAGAUGGCUUUGGGGGGGUGAUGGGACGCCGUAGCCGAAGUGACUGUAACAUGGGCAGCGGUCUCGGAGGGCUACAGGAAGUGACGUAUGCCGUACCCGCCGAUAAGUGCGGCCUGGUGAUUGGCAAAGGCGGCGAAACCAUCAAGAAUAUCAAAGAGCAGUCCCGCGCCCACGUUGAGCUGCAAAGAAACCCGCCGCCCAACACUGACCCCAACGUGCGCAUCUUUUCCAUCCGAGGCACCCCGCAGCAGCUGGAAAAGGCUCGGCAGCUGAUCGACGAGAGAAUUGGGGCUCCCGGGCUGGGAGGAAACGGCAGCUUCGGCUUGAAUCCCUACAACCAAGGAGCCGCCACUCCUCCUCAGCACGGCCCUCAAACGUUCAUGACUGGAGGAUGGGGGACAACUUUCCAGAUCUGGCAGCCUCCUGGCCAACAGGACCAUAGUCACAAUGGAUCCCAGACGGGCCAGAUGGACUGGGAGCAGUAUUACAAAAAGCUUGGUCAGCAAAGCCAGCAAGCUCAGAGCGCCCCUCCCGAAUACAACAAAGCCUGGGGACAAAGUUCGAAUCCUGGCUCUCAGCAGGCUUCCAAUCCAGACUUCAACGCCUGGGUGGACUUCUACAGGCAGCCCAUGGCCUACUUCAACCAGGGCGCCCAGCAGACUCAAGCGCCGGGCCUUCAUGAUCACUAGAGAAGGUCUCAGGUCUUGUAGAGAAUGAAAUGAAGACGGCCCUUUUUUUCCCUUUAUCAUUUUUUGUUUGUUUUUUGGGGGGGGUGUUGUUUCUUAAUUUUGUUUUGGUUUUCGUUUUUUUAGACUCGCAGCGCCUUGAAGACUUUUCUUAGUGGGAAACACUAGCAGUAGAAUGGUAUUAUGAUGAAAUAUAUUUGUAAUCAGCAGAACCUUUAUUUGUUACUAAAUGCUUGUGUACACUGUUAUUUUGACUAGAGCGUGUUAUCUGGGAUCCGGUAUUUUUGUUUUUGGCCAAAAUGAAAAAGCGCGUGUGUAACAUUUCAAAGAGGCAAUACGUAUAUACGAAUCUGUUCCGUUUCUUGCGGCUCCCAUGUUGAUUCUGCUUAGCAGUCUUGAAUACCUUUUUUUUUUUUAAUGUGCGUUUGUUUUGUCAAAGAGCAUCUUGCGAUGAUUAUUUUUACAUAAUUCAGUGAAAUGAAACUGUGAUGUUUUGUUACAGCAGAAUGUGUUUUUUUAUUUGUUACAUGGUUCAAAGCGAAGACGAAAAUAAGCAAUAGUUCUAAUUUAAUUGUGCAUUGUCAUGCUGUUUAUUCAUUCAUUGUCAUUUUAUUGUACUCAAUCUCACACGCGUACACACACACAAGGGGGGGAGGUGCAAUAUCUUAUUUCAUGUUUGAUAUACAAAGAUGGCUUCUCGAAUAUUUUGACCGACUUUUAACUUGUAGUUUUAUGAUGUUUUCUUUUUUUUCCUCUCUCUGGAGGAUAAUUUAUUACAUGAACCUGAUUAUAUAAGACUUAGAAGGAUGUUUGCCUUUGCUACCUUGUAAAAGUGUGUAUGUAUAUAUAUAGAUAUUUAUCUAUAUAUAGAUAUGCUCAUGUAUUUGCUUGUUAAUUUAAAAAAAUGUUUCAUUUAGAAUGAUCUUUCCUGCCACCAGUAUUGUAGGAAAACUGUCCCUUUUUUUUCGGUUCUUAUUUUCUUAUACUGCUCCAAGAUUGUGAAUGUGAUUGAAAUUGGAUGUUGCAUCUUAUGAAGAAGAAAAAAAUAUUGGGUUGUUUUUUUUUUGUUGGGUUUUUUUGGGGGGGAGGGAUGCUUGUUCUGUGCGAGUGUUCAAGACUGCUAAGCCUCUGUUUCCUUCUACCUGUGCGAUUGAUUGGUUUUUGUUAUGUUUUAAGAAGUGUUAUGAUAAAAAAAAACACACACACGUUCUCCUUCGGUACCUCCUGCUUCUGUCCGAUGCUAAUAACUUUUUAAUUAUGAUUAUUUUUUUAAUUUCUUGUGUGAUCUAAUAUAACAAUAGCGGACGAGACGUCAUCAUGGAGAAGCGAUUCUUGUAUUAACGUCAUUUCUUUAUGAAAAGGGAUAUAUAUAUAUAUAAUUUGGAGAGGAAAACAUGUCUAAUUAUGGUGGGUUUACUUUUGGUGUACAGUUAACCAUGUAUUAAAAAAAAUCCAGACUACCUUCAUUGUGUAUUGUUAUACAAGCUGUUUUUUGUUUUGGUUGAUUGGGUGUUUUUGUUCUUGAUGCCAGAGAGUUCUAUUGUGUAAAUACAACCAUGAUAGGCCAACUGUAUGUUUUAUUAGCAGAAAAUCUAUUUUCUAUAUAGCCUGUUGACAGUUCUCAAAAGUCAUAAUAAAUUUUCCGCAAGCCUC